AUGGCUGAAAAUACUAUGAUUGCCAGUGACUAUGAAAACCUUCACGACAUUGAUUAUGAUGAUGUAGAUGAACUAGACGAUCUGGAUGACGACGAUGAUGAACUUGACGUCAAUGUUGAUAUUGAAAGUGUCGACCCAGAUGACAUAAUUGAGAAUUAUCUUCCUACAACACUAACGGAUUCUCUUGGCGAAGACAGAUGCCGCAUCUCUUUCUCUCAACCUCACUUAUAUGGCCCAUCCAUUUAUUCACACAAUUCUGUGCUCUCGUUUCCUCCAAUAUCGCCUAAACGUGUGUCGCUACAAGUGGUUUAUGCAAGCGUUAUCAUCUCCACAACCGAGCCUUCCACUCCCUUCGUCGAUUACACGAUAUUCGAGGAUUUUGAGCAGAUGAUAGGAAUCUUCCUUUCCCAAGGCUUCAAACCCAUGACUCGAUUACACUCUCCCUCAUCCUUACUUCCAUUCUGUCAUUCUUUGGAGGCCCGACGUCGGGCUUAA